CCCUAGUUCAUCUCAGGUUUUAGGAGUCAUUUUAGAAAAUAAAGGUUGAGGUUCUUUUGUCUUUUUCCCCCCUAAAAAUUCUUUUGCAUUUUCCUGGAAAAAAGACUAGAAACAACUUUUACCGGAGAAUCUCCCUCUCGUUUCGCCUCUAAUUCCUUUCUCGAUUUCUUGUUUCCGAGAAAGUUUUGAGAAAACCGUACAGAUAAAGGAUUGAGAAAUGGCGGACGAGACGGCGAUGAACGGCGUCGACGAUCAGAAGGUGGAGACUUUAGAGCGAGAGAAGCUAAAACUGUUGGCUGAGAACGAAGAGACCAAAGAGAGGAUCAAGGAGAUGGUGGCGGAGAUCGAGAAGCUGAGGAGCGACGAGGCGGAGGCGAAAGAGCGGCUGAGAGAUAUGGAGAAGGCGAUCGAGCGAUCGGAGGAGGACAAGAAGGCCGUCGGAGCGAUCGCGGCGCGGGCGGCGGAGCUCGAGACCGAGGUCGCGAGGCUCCAGCACGAUCUGAUAUCCGCCAUGUCCGAGGGCUCGGAGGCGAAUUCCGAGGUCGCGGAGCUGAAGAGGACUUUGGGAGAGAAAGGAGCGAGGAUCGAAACCCUAGAGAGUGAGGUCGAGAGCUUGAAGACGGCGAAGGUGGAGAGCUUGAAGAGGGCGAAAGAAAUGGAGAGGAAAAUCGGGGUUUUGGAGGCGAAAGAAAUCGAGGAGAAGAACAAGAAGGUUAGGGUUGAGGAGAAGAUGAGAGAUCUAGUCGGAGAGAAGGAGAGGGAAAUCGACGUCUUCAAGAAGGAAGUCAAGGAAUUGGAGUCUGCGAUUGCUGCGAAAGCGUCAGAGGUGCAGAAAUGGGUUAAGGAGAAAUUGAACGUCGAAGCUUUGCUGAGAGAGUCCGAGGAGAGAGCCAAGGCUAUGGAGUCCAAGGUCCUUCAGUUGCAGAAGGAGAUUAAGGAGAAGACUCUUGAGGUCGUCAAUGGCGCUGUCAACGAGGUGAAGGAGAUCUUCCAUGGAGAGGAGAAGGGUCUGAAUUUGCAGUGGCCAGUUCUGGCUGGUUCUGCGGGAGCCAUUGUUGUGGGUGUUGCUCUGAUCUAUGUGUUGUACGCAAGGCGUCGGUGAUUUGAUCGAAGGAAGCUGGAGGAGGUUUGGGUGAUGUGAAGUUAUGCUUUUGUCUGUGGAAACAAAAUGGUGUGGUGGGAACAAGAAGGAAUUAUUCCAUUUGGCUUUUAACUUGAUGCGUUUGUGUGAAGUUUCUUUCCAUGGUUCAUUUGGUUAUUUUCUGCCUUGAAUUGGUGGGAUUUCCUCAACGAAAAGUGCUUCCUCGAAGCUAAACAAAGGCUGCCUUGUUGCUGAAAAUUCGCGGUCCUCAAAGGGCUAAAGCUCAAGCUUGGACACAAAGCAUGUUAAGGAAUUGUUACGAUUUUUUUUUUUCAUCGUAACAAGUGGCCCUUAAUCUUAAUCUGUUGGAGUUUCCUCUAAUUGCCUAGUGAAAUGACCAAUGAGUUUGAGUAUUUUUGUAACAAAAUAGAAAUAUUGGCGCAUGAAAGACUGGAUGUA